UAGAUUAGGGUAGUGGGUAAAAUGAUAAAACAAUAUUUAUUGAUUGAAUGAUUUAAACAAUAUUUACUGGAAAUAUUUAGAAGAUGGAUUUUCCUGGUAAAGUUAUAUGAUGGUGGAUUUAGCAAUUCAGUGUUAAGAGUUUUGUAAAUAUUUUGUGUAUGCACAAGAGGGUAUGGUAUUGAGUCCUGAUACCUCAUCAAACGUCUUGUAUAAUGAAACAUUGAAGACUAAUAAUGACUUGAUGGUUGUGAUAUCUGAGAAAUAAGGGAAUUUAUGAUUAAAAAGGGAAAAGUUUGUGAUUAAAAGUGAAAAGUUUGUGAUAAAAAGCAAAAAAGUUUUUGAUUAAAAAACAAAAGAAAAAGUUUUUGAUAUGAAAAGAAAAAGUUUGUGAUAUGAAAAGAAAAGUUUGUUGUUAAUAAAUUAAAGGUUUGUGAUUAAAGAAUGAACAGUUUGUGAUUAAAAAGGGAAAAGAUUGUGAUAAAAGAUGAAAAGAUUGUGAUAAAAAAGGGCAAAAUUUGUGAUAAGAAAUAAAACAUUUGUGAUAAAAAAGGGGAAAAUUGGUGAUAAAAGAUUAAAAGAUUGGGAUAAAAAGGGCAAAAUUUGUGAUAAGAAAUAAAACAUUUGUGAUUAUAAAAAGGGAAAAUUUAUAAGAUGAGAAUUUUUUUUGACAAAAAUAGGGCAAAUUUUAAACUUUGUGAAAAGAAACUUUGUAAUAAAAAAAGGGAAAUGCAUACAAUCAUAGAAACUAAAUUUGGUUAAGAAUAAUUGUAUUUGAAAAAUAAUACACCAGGAAUGAGUAGUUCAAGCAUAUGUAGUGGAAGUGUUUAUAGAGGUGAUGUCAUCAAAGUCUUCAUCUCUAGCAAAAGAUCCACCCCAGCACAUGGGACUAGGCCGUCAUCAUAUGGUCAUAUUGUCCCUAGUACUGCUAACUCCUCCCACAAUGAAAAUGGCACGCCUUUACGUAUGAACAGACCGAAAACUGCAGCAGCCAUAUUGGGUAUUCGAGAUUGUGACAGAGUGAGUCAAUUAGAACAUGAAGCUACAAGAAGACAUAAUCUAGAGACUCAUAUACCUGCAAAGAAAAAUAGACCGCCACCAUGGCAGUCUAAAAUUGAUCCACCUUUGGUGCCAUUUGUCGUGGGUCCAGGCUACAUUUUGUCCAAGAGUAAAGCAAAAUAUUCAGUCACUUUAAAAGACGAAUUCUUCGAACCAACACAUGACGAAGAGACAAAGAAGAAGCACGAGGACCAUGAAAGGGACAACCUAAUAUCACAGCUUCAAGAAAGGAUAUCAGAUCUUACCUUGUAUCUAGAGGAGGAAAGGCUCAACCAUAAACAGACAAAGCUCAAGGCAGAUGAAUUUCUUAAGGACAAAAUCGAGGAGUUGGAAAAUGCCAGAAGAAAUGCUUUAGCAGACAGAGAAAGGGAGGGUGAGGAGGAGUUACAAAAGUUGAAGAAGUCCAUGGAAACAGAACAUACCAACUAUAAGACUAAUGCUGAAGCUCAGAUUGCGCGUAUGAAAAAGGAGAUCGAGUUUCUGCAAGGAGCAUUUGAGUCCUAUAAGUCGUCCCUACAUCAGGAAACUGAGGAAAAAUGGAAACGGAAAGAAGAAGAUCUGAAAAACGAUCUCGAAAUGCAGAAAAAUAAAGAAUUACAGGAAAUGAAACAAAAGUUCAUGCAAGAGAAAGCAUUAGAGAAAAGUCAAUGGAGUAAAGAUCAACAUAGGGCAAUUGAUGCAAUACGCAAAGAAAAUAAAAGAGAAAUGGAU